AUGUUUGAGCCAACCCAACAAGACCAAGGCGGCCCCGCAAAGGGGACACGAAGCAGCCGCCGCAGAGCGCGUCCGUCAAACACAGAUGCCACAGUCCAGGCCCCCAAGGCAAAGCGACAAAGGGUGCCGCUACACGAAACCACGGUUGCGAAUACCGAAGCCCACCCAGAGACGGAUACGGACAUGUACGAAGCCAAGUCCGACAAGCUUGCCUUGCUCGACAUCAAGCGCGACGGCAUUGAAAACCUCGGUGGCCCUCGCAAAGAGCUCAGCGUGCGAUCAAAGAAGCAAAAGGCCGGCGAACGGACUGCAAGGGGUGAUGGAAGCAUAGUGUUGACCACAAACAAUGCCUAUACCGUGAGCAAGCUCCCAGCUUUACCCGACCGACUCCGAGCGGAUGCGCAAAGUAAGCUCGACCAGCACAGCUACCUCCCAAACGCCCUUCCACCUUUGGAGCAACUUUCAAUAGAAUCUGGAGUGCCUAACAAGUUAGAAGAUCGUCAGCACGGUGCCGUCUACUCGACCAGCGGAUACGCCUUGAGCCUUACCCAUACCCAUGCCUUCGUCUGGCCCUAUGCUUCUACCGCCGCCUCGCCUGAGACCUUCACAUUCGGCCUUCCUUAUCCCUCCAAGAAUCCGACCGACCCGCUACCACUCGGCUCGUUGGUCUCGCCCUCGGCUGCCUCCGACGAACCUGGCCUUGUCGUAGUCAUGCCCAUGAGCGGCAAGAUCGCAUACUGGGAAUCCAUCUCGAGCGCCGCCACCCUUGACUUUAUUCGCCAACAACGACAUGGAGUGGAGGACACAAUACCCGGCAUGUUUUCUGGAGAGCAUGUCGUUCAGAUCGUCAACGCCGAAUCCGCCGGUUUCGUCCUCGUUUUCAGCUCUGGCCGUCUCGCUUACUUGAGCGUCCGCGACAUGCAUGGCCGGCCCGCCAUUUCUGUACAAUUCCUCCGGAGCAGCCUCACCAAUGCCGUAGGUGGAUUGCUGGGAAGCAUCCGCCAGGUCCUUGGCUCCACUUCUGCGCAUGGGGAUGUCGUUGCCGUCCGCGCCAGCCAUGCCACAAGAGUCGGAGAGCGCGUCAUUGUUGGAGCUACGACUAAGGGCAAGCUUAAUGUUUGGCGCGUUCACAGGGGCGGCCACCACGAUAUCUUGUCCGAUAUCGACUUGAGGAGCGAGCUUAUUCACCAAAUACAGGAGGCCGACCCAGCAUCCGCCGGUUUACCCGAAGAGUCAUUCGAAAUUGUCGAUUUCACCUGCGUUCCUCGAGGACUUGACAACAACAAAAGCCAGUCUCACUAUGCCUUGGUCGAGGUUGUCAUUUCUGGCCAGAACAAGAAGGUUGGUGCAGUCCGACCCUUGACUUCUUACACCAGUCCUGUGAGACCCAAUGCGCCCGAGAGACCCAAGCUCUACCUACCACGCCCUGCAAUGGUAGCUUUUGUUGUCUUCGACCGCGCCGUUGUGAUUGCAUCCAUGGUCGCCCCACCGGAUUCCCCCGAGUCACAGCUUCAAGAAGACAGCCACAUCAUACCCGCCACAUUCGAAGACGUGGUAGACCUACGAGAUGAAGGCAAUGUGCAAAUAGUAGGCUCAGGCACGGAGGAGCCUACUACUAAUGGCCAUUUCCCAGAUGAGCUUCGAUCGCGACACAGGACAAAAAACCCUGCUGCUGUGUUGUUGGUGCAGGGUGUUGGCACGGUUAGAGUGGCCGUUAGCGAGGUUGAUCGGUUCGCGACUGAAAAGCCACCAACCAUAAGCGCGAAGAGCAAGCUCGAACAGGCCGUCUUCUUUGGUAUCAAGAACGACAACCCGUUGGUGUUCCAAGGAAGGAGCCUGCCUUUCACCGCUCAGGAAAUCGGAAAUGCCGCCAUUGAGCUCAGUCACGAAAUUGUAGCCUCCAAGACUCCGUUCAUCCCCAACGUGCCCGCCUCGCUCGAAAAUAACAUGAGGACCAGGGUGGAAUAUCUUGAAAGGUUGAUAUUCUACCUCAACACCUUGAGGGUGGAUCUGGACGCUCGUACACGGUGGGUGCUGCUCUACGACUCUGAAAAGAUGGCCGUAGCAACGUGGCUUUGGCGGAAGAAUGAGCAGUUUAUCGCCGAAAGGCCAAAGGGGGAUAAACAAAACGUCAUUUCCGAGACGGUGGUCUACAUCAACGAGAACCAAAAGACGGAGCCCAAUCCGGCUGUCGGCGAGGUAGACCCCGUUCGCCACUGGUUCAUUAACGAUGUGUGGAGACUAGAGAUUUUUAUCGCUUGGGCAUACCAGAUUAUCAAGUACGCCUAUACUGAACGCCUCACCGACGAAAACGGCAUCAACCGUCUGAUCUUGGAAGCCGCCAUCGUCAACAAGGGCGCCCUUCAGGAGGCGGAGCAGCACCGCUUGAAAAAUGCACGCCUGUACGGUGUCAAUCCUAGGAAAGGCGCCGAAGGCAACGCGAUCCCCGAGCCCUGGACUGCCACUAGUUUCAUCGCUAGCAAUCUCAAGCGCCUGAUUGAGUUUUGCUACGAAUGGCUGGAUAACUUCUACUUCCCUUCUCCGGAAAAGGCUUCUGUGGAUGUGAAAAUUCUCAAAAGCAUUCGGGACAUGCUUCCUGCUCUCACCAGCCGAUACUUCACCGCUCUUGACGAGUAUAUUUCGUGGGCUGAGAAGUCUAGCGAUUCAGACACGCGAGAAUCCGGCAAGAGGUGUCUUCAGGAAUACGUCGAAAAUGUUUAUGAGAAGAUCUUACGACUUAAGGACUACGAUCUUUGGGAUGAAGCGAUUGCUUUGGCGCAGGAGCAUGAGGCAUAUGCCGCCCUGGCAGAUGUCAUGGUGCAGCACAUUCUCACUCUAGAGGAGAGUGCUCUGUCCCCCGGCACUUCUGCGACCAAAGCCGAGGAGUGUCGUGCCAAGGCUGAAGACCGGAAGAGGCAGAUGGGCGGUUUUUUCAACCAGUAUCAGGAGAGGUUCGCCUUCCCGGCGUACGAGGCUCUCCUUGACGCUAGUGGCGUGCAAGCAGUCCUCGAGUUCCCCUACGACAAUGAGGGCUACGCCACUAAAUUCCUCCGGUCCAGGCCCGGAUUAGCCAAGAUCUCUUGGAUCAAUGAUGUUGAAAGGGAGAAGGACAUUGAUCGUGCUGCCGAGACACUGCUUACUCUCGGUCUAGAAGAGCAGCAUGUGUGGAGCAAGAAGAUUGAGCUCAGUCUUGGAAAGCUUGCUUUGCUAGCUGACGAGGCUGAUCAACGUAACGGAGACAGUGAAAUGAGCAACGGCUUUUCUGAUAGCAAGGAGGCCAAGCUUGAGAAGGUUGACCAGGCUUUGGAGAUUAUCACGAUCCAGAAUGGCCUGUACAGCCAGAUACGGCCCACCAUUGAAGAAGCCGUCGACGAAAGAGCCGAGUUUGAGCUGGCAAUGCAAUUUCACGGCGCCUGGAUCAAUGGCCAGAAGAAGCAAAAGGCACUUCAAAGUGUCUUUGAGGACGGCAUGCAGUGCCUGCUCAAGCACAAGGCCCUUCAGCCACUUGACCUCAUCGACUUGCUUACCCUCGUAUACCUUGACCCAAAGCACUUCAAAGCCAUUGGCGACCAAUUUUACCUAGCCCUGAAGGUCGCUAGGCAUGGUUUAAAGGGUGAGGAGCGGAGCAAUGCUGAGCGCCUCAUUUGGCGUCGCUGCCUCAUCCGUGAUGACUGGAAGCAAGUCAACGUUACCAACCUGAAGGAUGACCAACAUCAGCUGGAGGUCCUCGGCGAGACAGCACUCUACAGGACCUUGUUUGCUGUUGUAGACGAGCAACAUGCAAACGAUGCCUUCCGCCCUUGCAUCAAGCCCUCGGAUGCCCUCGGUGUCUACACCGACAGUCUAGACCGCCGCUUCGACGGCAUGGACGCCUCGUACCGGAACAAGCUCAUGGACGCCAUGAAGGCCGAAGACGCCAAGCUCAAGACCUACAUCGACAAGGCCCGGUUGGACGAGUGGUACAAGACCACGCUGGAGGCGGCCGAAAACACCGUGGCGAUCGUGUAUGGCCGUAUGACAGCCAAGAAGGCGGCCGCUGUGGCUGUUAAUGGAAGCACGAGGGCACCGCUUGAGGCCGCGGGCGCGGUGAGUGAAGGAUCGUUCUGGUAGGGUUGGAAGCGUGAAAUGCUUUUUGGCGUUGCUGUCUGGGCAUGGCUUUGGAUGUAGGACUCUGGUCGACUUGAUGGUAUGAGAGAGGGAGAGGGAGAUGGGAAUGAAUGUAAGACAACCUGAGAUGCAAGCAUUGCGGAAGAGCCGUAGGUUGAACAAAAAGAGGAUGGCUAAACUUGAACGUGUUUAUUGUAUUGGUUAGAAGCGGCGAUUGUCUUUCAAACAAUUUUCUUGCCUUGCCUAUCUGGAUCUUAUGGUUUGGGUCAAUGGGUCUAUGCGGCGUUGGGGUCAGAGUAAAACUAUGUUCGAGAACAGCAUGAGAGCAACACGGAGAGAGAG